GGUCACAGCACGGGAGCCGCAACCUCGGAGGAGGACGAGAAGCGGAGCCCCGGCUUCCCGGCCAUGCGGCUGUUCCCGACGGCGCUGUGCCUCUCCCUGGCCUACCAGCUGGCCGCCCCCACCCUGUCCCGCACCGACCCCAGGAAAUCCGCCACCAAAUCCCUGCAGGAGAAGACGGGUCCCUCGGAGCGCACGGUGCGGGAGCGGGGGCUGGUGGUGUCGGAGCCGAGGGCCGAGGACGUGGUGCGGGAACACCGGAGGGCCUGCGCCCCCAAGGCCGCCCGCACGCACUUUGCGGGGGACGCGCUGGGGUACGUCACGCCGUGGAACGGCGGCGGCUACGACGUGGCCAAGACGUUCGGUGCCAAGUUUUCGUGGCUGUCGCCGGUGUGGCUGCAGGUGAAGCGCCGGGGCCGGGAGCUCUUCCAGGUCACCGGCCUUCACGACGUCGACCAAGGCUGGUUGAGAGAUGUCCGGAGGGUCGCCCCCGGCCUGCGCGUCGUGCCCCGCGUCCUGUUCGAGGGCUGGACGCUGGCGGACUUCGAGGCCGUCUUCCACAGCGAGGAUGAGAUGGACGAGCUCGGACUGGCCCUGCUGCGCGUCGCCAAGAGCGAGAAUUUUGACGGCUUCGUGAUCGAGGUCUGGAGCCAGCUGGGGAGCCAGAAGGCCAAGGAGCUGCUCCACUUACUGAGCCACCUGGCCCAGGCCCUGCGCGAGGCCCAGCUGCGGGUCGUCGUGGUCAUCCCGCCCGUCGUCACCCCGGGCAGGCCGUCGGGGGGCUCGUUCGGGCGGACUCACCUGGACCAGCUGGCCCCCCUCGUCGACGGCUUCAGCCUGAUGACCUAUGACUACUCCUCUCCGCAGCGGCCCGGCCCGAACGCUCCCCUGCCCUGGGUGCGAGCCUGCAUCCAGCGGCUGGACCCGGACGCCCGCUGGCGGCCCAAGAUCCUCCUGGGACUCAACUUCUACGGCCUGGACUUCUCCGCCGCCUCGGCCGAGCCCGUCGUGGGCGGCAGAUACAUCGAGAUCCUGAAGCAGCACAAGCCCAAGCUGGUCUGGGACGAGGAGACGGGCGAGCACUACUUACAUUACAAACCAAGCAAAGGAGGCAAGCACACAGUCUACUAUCCAACGCUGAAGUCUAUCGCGCUGCGCCUGGAGCUGGCGGCCGAGCUGGGGACGGGCAUCGCCAUCUGGGAGCUGGGCCAGGGCCUGGACUACUUCUACGACCUGCUCUGACCCGGCCG